AUUUGAUCCAAUUCAAGUGAAAGGAAAAAAUAUAAGUAAAAAUCAGAAAGAACCAUUCACCUCUUUCCUCUCUCUUCGAUUUCAAUCUCCAAUUUAUCGCAACAAUCUUCCCUGAUCCUUGAUUGCAAUUCACUCAAAAUGGAAAAUGGAGGUUCCAGUUUGGAGGCGAAAAUAGAGGCGUUGCUGAAUGUGGAGAAACAGAUAAGACAACUCGGUGACGUGGCGGGAACAAGUAAGGCUGUCACCGAUAUUGUUCAACUAUGCCUCGAUGCCGGCGCGUGGGCGACGCUAAACGAGCAGAUUCUGCUUAUCUCUAAGCGCCGGGGACAGUUGAAGCAGUAUAAACUGAUAGAAAUGCAUGGGUUACAUCCUAAAACCAAUUGGUUAUAGGAGGAGGGCUUAACUUGUUCAAUACACCUCGAAAAGAAAUUGAGUUCACUGCCUUUGUCAGGAUGUCCGCCAAUUGAUCUUCGGACUUGACUUGAGGGGGAGUGUUGGAAGGAGAAGAUCUUGGAGAAUCAAGAGGCUGAUUUUCCUACAAUCACAAUUAAUAGGAAGAUUAGUAUUUUAUAUUUUCCAUGUAUAUGAAAUUAGGAAGAUCUUACCUUAUGUGUAUUCUUGUUGGUAGCCUAUAAGAAGACAUGUAUAGCUGCUCCAAUGAUGAACAGAAUCGAAUGAAAUUAUUCUCCAAAA